GUUGUGCCUUCGACUCAUGUUUUGAGCAGACUCGAAGUGGGGCCAAAACCAUGGCCCGCACGGCUUCGGCGGGCUUCCGCGGGCUUCCGCCCAGCGCGCCAUGCUGCUGGCGGCCCUCGCCCUUGCGUGGCGGGGGCUGGGCGUCAAGCUGUCGGAGCUGGGGCGCCACUUGCAGGUUCCGGUGCCGGACCCCAGCUGGGACCUGCUGUCCGUGGCAGUAGAGGCGUCCAGAUGCGCGGCACUGCUGCGGUCCAUUCGCGAAGGCCCGGUCAUCGACCUGGGCCCUGCCUCCAUGAUCUCGGCCUGGCUGCUGCGCCAGGGCAAGGUGGUGCUAUCAUUGGGCGGCUCCAUGGCGGGCCUGGUGCAAGUUGAGGCGUCCCUGGAAGAAGUUCUGGAGGCCCUGGAAAGGCUCCGGCGGCCCCCGGCGCUGAUCUUUGUGCAGGCGGCCACGCUUCUGGCCGGUGGCCUGCCAGCGCUGGCGUCUCAGGUGCCGGUGAUGGGUGCUAUGCUCACCGACCAGGGCCAAGAGGUGCCUCAUUGGGUGCUGCCCUCUUUGGUGUCCCCCAUGCUGAACACCAGCCGUUUGCGGGUGGAGCUGCCCUGUUGGUCUAACUCCUGUGAAGGCGAAGGCCGGCAGUCGACGAAACUCCUGGCGCUGGUGAUGAUCGUCAAGAACGAGGCCCGGCGCAUCAGGGAGACGCUGAUGUCGGUCUUGGAGGCGGCAGACCUGGCGGUAAUCCUGGACACGGGCUCCACAGAUGGGACCCAGCGCAUCCUUCGUGAGGCGGCCUCGGCCCACGGCCUGCGGCUGGAGCUCCACUCGGGGCCCUUCGAGGACUUCGCGGCCGCGCGGAACCGCGCGCUGCGGCUGGCGGGCGCCCAAGCGGAGUUUCUGCUGAUGCUCAGCGGGGAUGAGACCUUGGUGCACCCCAAAGAGCUCCGCACCUUUGCGCGCCAGCACGCCGACUUCUGCGGAGGCUCCGAGGACGUCUUCAACAUUCGCGUGUUCAUGGGCAACACCUGGUACUGGUCAGAGCGGCUGAUGCGCUCUCGGAACCAUGCAGCGGCGGAGUGGCCAAGGGACAACAACUCCUGGCGCUACGUCGGCGUGACGCACGAGGCCUACAUCCAUCCUGUGCGGACGUUAAGCCACGAUCUCUUCAUCAGCUACGUCGGGGACACAGACACCUCGAGCCUUCCGCAAAUGCCGGAUGUGAUCGCAGGUAGCUUCUAUAUUGCUCAUGACGCGGAGAAGACGCCCGAGAAAACGCGACAAAGGCUGAUGCAGGAUGUGCAUUUGCUGGAGCAGUACUUGGACAAGCCCGAUGCGCAUUUGGAUGAAUGGCAAUACACGCGCGGCAUCUUCUACUUGGCGCAGUCCCACCGGUCAUUGGGACACCUGGAGGUCGCUGAGGGCCUUUGGCAGCGCUACUUGGCCGCGCCCCUCUCCCAGCAGCGCCAGUUUUCCUAUCUGCGCUACGGCGCCCACCUGGGCCUCGCCCAGAUCUGCGCCGUGGCCGGCGGAUGGUCCUGUCAGGAGCACUUCGAGGCUGCCCACCGCCUGUGCCCGCGGGCGGAGCCCUUGGUGUACCUGGCGCUUCACCUGCCAGCGGGAAGUCGUCGCCUGGACGCGCUACAAAGGGCGCAGAAAGUGAAGCACCUGCAGGCAACUACGGCACAUUGCGCGGUUUUUGCAGAGGAUGCGAUCUAUGACCAGAUCGACCCUUUGCUGGCGCAGGAGUUGCGCGAGCAAAAUCCCGGGAUGCGCGCCUAUAAGUAG